AUGGUGCCGUACUUUGAGACCGCGAAGUCUUUCGCCGACGUACCAAUCACCGGCGACGGCGUCGACACCGCCACCUUCCUUCUCGCUUCAACGGACUUUGUGAACAUGUUCGACCUCCUGGGCGGCGGCGUAUUCGCAUUCGUCCAGAACGAUCUCCGAAGCAACAUAACCGGCGUCCGCCAACGCUUCGACGCCGCGCCUUCCGAAUCGGGCACGCUCGAGAAGCUCGUCGUCAAUGAAUGCCAGCGCCGCGGCGAGCGACACGGGACUGCCUGCCUCGUCCGCCUCGUCCGCGGCCUGUGGUUCACGUGCGAAGCGCUCCGUAACAUGCAACAGGACAGAAACGCGGAGCUCCACGUCUGCUUCAGGCGCUCGUUCGACGUCGUCCUCAAGCCCCGCCUCUCGUUCGUCGUUCGCUCCGUAGUCUCCGUCGCAAUCAUGGCCGUGCCCAGCAGGCACGACUUCUACAACCGCCUCGCCCAAGGGGGCUCCCACGAGAAGUUCGACGACGCACUGACGCGCUGGCUGGCCAGCCUCGACGCGCUCGUGCUCCGCCUGAAGGCGUUCCUCUCCGAGGGCCGUUACGGGACGGUGUAGGGCGACGCGCUUCUCGUCCGGAGACGCAGCUGUCAUUGCCAUCGGCGACGUGUCUACAUACAUGAUCCCACUUCUUCUUCUUCUUCUUAUCGCGCCCUCGCCCAGCGAGCUCGCCAUCCUGCACGCCUUCUGUUCGGACACGCACGCCCCGGCGUGGAAAUGAAGCAUACCGCGCAGCUCGUGCGAUCGGAUACAAUUCAU